CGGCGCAGCCCAGCCGCCGGCGCAGCCCGGGCACGUUGGUGGCUCCGCUCGCUCCGCCGCGUUCAGCCGCCGCCCCGCUGCCAUUGCCGGGAGAGCGACGGAGCCGUGGAGCGCUGAGGAGCGGCAGCUGAGGGCGAAGCUGCGCCGCCGCGGGGACAGCGGCGGAGCCCUCCCGGAGACGGCGCCGGGGCCGCCGCCGGAGGUUGCCCAUCUGAGGAAGUUGAACAACAAGAGGUUGUUGUAACAAGGUGCACUUUAAUCGCAAUAAUGAAGAAAAGCAGAAGUGUCAUGACAGUAACUGCAGAUGAAAAUGCUCUGGAUUACCUGGACUGUGGGCUGAGUAAAUCCUACAGUACCUCUACUCAUGCUCUGGGCAUAGACCUCUGGAGAGGAAGAAGAUGUUGUUCUGGUAAUCUGCAGUUACCACCACUAUCCCAAAGACAAACAGAAAAAGCAAGGACACCCGACAGAGACAUUGUCUGUAGACCAACGACUCUGCCUUUGUUGACACCUCCAAGUAUCGCAAUCACCACUUACCAAGACUGCUUCGAUGUGGAGAAUGGCCCGUCCCCAGGCCGCAGCCCGCUGGACCCGCAGGCCAGCUCCUCCUCGGGACUCGUGCUGCACACGACGUUCCCGGGCCACAGCCAGCGCAGGGAGUCCUUCCUCUACAGAUCCGACAGCGACUAUGACUUAUCACCAAAGACCAUGUCCAGGAACUCUUCUCUCCCAAGUGAACAGCAUGGGGACGACCUGAUUGUCACACCUUUUGCCCAGGUGCUGGCGAGUCUACGGAGCGUGAGGAACAACUUCACGCUCCUUACCAAUUUGCACGGCACCUCCAACAAGAGAUCUCCAGCAACGAGUCAGCCGCCUGUCUCCAGAGUUAACCUGCAAGAGGAGCCCUACCAGAAGCUGGCCAUGGAGACGCUAGAGGAGCUCGACUGGUGCCUGGAUCAGCUGGAGACCAUCCAGACCUACCGCUCCGUCAGCGAGAUGGCAUCCAAUAAGUUCAAGAGGAUGCUGAACCGGGAGCUGACACACCUCUCCGAGAUGAGCCGCUCCGGCAACCAGGUGUCCGAGUACAUUUCCAACACCUUCCUGGACAAACAAAAUGAUGUGGAGAUUCCUUCUCCCACCCAAAAAGACAGAGAGAAGAAGAAAAAGCAGCAGCUCAUGACACAGAUCAGUGGAGUGAAGAAAUUGAUGCACAGUUCAAGCUUAAAUAACACCAGCAUUUCACGAUUUGGAGUGAAAACAGAAAAGGAAGACCAUCUGGCCAAGGAACUGGAAGAUCUGAACAAGUGGGGUCUCAACAUCUUCAACGUCGCACGGUAUUCCCACAACAGGCCCCUCACCUGCAUCAUGUACGCCAUCUUUCAGGAGCGAGACCUCCUGAAGACGUUCAAGAUCUCAUCAGACACGUUUGUGACGUACAUGAUGACCCUGGAAGACCACUACCAUUCAGAUGUGGCCUACCACAACAGCCUCCACGCUGCUGACGUUGCCCAGUCCACCCAUGUGCUGCUCUCUACCCCCGCACUGGAUGCUGUCUUCACCGACUUGGAAAUCCUUGCUGCAAUUUUUGCAGCUGCAAUUCAUGACGUGGAUCACCCCGGGGUCUCCAAUCAAUUCCUGAUUAAUACAAAUUCCGAACUCGCCCUGAUGUACAAUGAUGAAUCCGUCCUGGAGAACCAUCACCUUGCUGUGGGCUUCAAACUGCUUCAAGAGGAGCAUUGUGACAUCUUCCAGAACCUGACCAAGAAGCAGCGUCAGACGCUCAGGAAGAUGGUGAUCGACAUGGUAUUGGCGACAGAUAUGUCCAAGCACAUGAGCCUGUUGGCUGACUUGAAGACGAUGGUGGAAACCAAGAAAGUGACCAGUUCAGGAGUUCUCCUUCUGGACAACUACACAGACAGAAUACAGGUUCUCCGCAAUAUGGUGCAUUGUGCGGACCUGAGUAAUCCCACAAAGUCCCUGGAGCUGUACCGGCAGUGGACAGACAGGAUCAUGGAGGAGUUCUUCCAGCAGGGAGACAAAGAGCGGGAGCGAGGGAUGGAGAUCAGCCCCAUGUGUGACAAACACACGGCCUCGGUGGAGAAAUCACAGGUGGGAUUCAUCGACUACAUCGUCCACCCGCUCUGGGAGACGUGGGCUGACCUGGUGCAGCCUGAUGCCCAGGACAUCCUGGACACGCUGGAGGACAACAGGAACUGGUACCAGAGCAUGAUACCUCAGAGCCCUUCUCCUCCUCUGGAGGAGCGAGGCAGAGACUGUCAGAGCCUGAUGGAGAAGUUCCAGUUUGAACUGACGCUGGAGGAGGAGGAUUCGGACGGGCCGGAGAAGGACAGCGAAGGCAUCGGCUACUUCAGCAAUACAAAGACACUCUGCGUGGCUGAGCCGGGGGAAGAGGACUCACAGAGGGAGGCAAACAUAGAAAUUGUGACAGAAGACACGUCUCCCGUUGACACAUAAUGUCCUGUACCUGUGUGUGAGUGGAUUUUAAACACUUAAUGAGCAUGCAAGCAGUCUGGCGGACUCGCCUGCAGCCUGGGUCUGAGGCCUGUGUCCAGCAUUGGCCCAAAGACCCUCCCAGCUACUUGAGAUUGGAGUCAGGGUUAAAGAUGGUGUAGUGAACGAUUGCUCAGGAAAUGAACAGGUGAUUUGCGUUGUGGUUUAAGCCUUGUCAGCCGAGAGCAUCUUGUUGUCCUGGAGCUGGCUUGGGGCGCGACUGAAGAGUAAAUGACACACAACUGAGAGAUUUUAUACCGCUAGUUUUGGAAUUUAUACCAGUUAGACUGAUAGAAACUACUGAUUAAUAACUCUCCAUAUAAACCUGUCCACCUGUCUGCAGACCUGUGUGCCUUCUUUGUAAACACUUUCAUGUCUUUUCAAGAGCCUGGUAACCGGACCCGUGGAGUUUAGUACACAAAGUGUUCCAAAAUUGACGGAUACCCUUUUGGAUUCUUCCUGUUACAAGAAGCAGUCUUCCUUGUUUGUUUUCAUGGGCAAUACCUGUCACUUUAUUGCAGUUAAAUCACUUUCACAGACUAAACGGAAGGGAAACCCUCUGUUUUGCGUUAAGCCGCACCUUUAGCCGUCGUCUUUUAACACCCCAGGCGACCCCUUGAGGCCGUGGGGCACGGUCCGUGUGCCCUGGCCAGGGGGGCAGCAGUGCCGUCUCCUGCUCGGGGCCGGCCGUGGUGCUGCACGGAGCCCGUUAGCAGGGCCCUGCCCGCAGAGCUCCGCGUCAGAGGGCAGCGUGUGCCUCCCCGCUCCCCGCACCCGGCAGCUCCCUGGCUCGGUGCAACUUGCACGCUCCCAUGGCUGUGUUUGUCCCGCCUGUCGUUCACGUUUCCUAGGUUUAGGCCCACCGUCCUCCUCCUGCACUGCCUUGAGCUCUAACACCUCCAUUACUGUUUAUAACAGUGUAUUUAUUAUGUAAUGUACAUACUGUAAUGUUUUGUAAGUUAUUAAUUUAUAUGAAGUGCCGUGGCCUGUCGGCGGCGGUGUUAACGGUGUAGAAGACUCGGGACAAGAGUUGCCUUUUUGGUUUUGUUUUGGUUUGUUUGUUUGUUUGUUUUUUCUUGUAACCUUUUGUAUUGCAUCAAAGACGAGAACCUGAACAUAGCUGAAGAGACAGACGCAACCCAGGAAGGGACAUUCGGGUGGCAGCCGCCCGCUGGGGAACCAAAACCCAGCCUCCCCCCUCCCACGCACGGGCAGGCUUUGAAAACGUCGCGUUCCAGUUUCAGAACAACCCAAUGUGAAUCUCUAUGGCGAACGAAAACCCAAUGUGAACUGAUGUUAAUCAUCGUGCUGUGAAACUUCUUCUGCCAGAGCUUGUCCGGCACCGUGAGCGGUGUCAAUCUCGGUUUGUAAAAUAAUGUUUUCAACCUUUCUGGUCCAACUCGUGACUAACUAGUUAAUGACAAUAGCACAGUUGUGCAUGAUCAAUGGGUUUGUAUGUCUGUUGAACACUGCAUUGUUCCAGGUGGUUAUUUUAUUGUUUCCCAAAGUUUCACACGAUGUAUGUUAUAGUAUUAUAUAUUGUGUUCAGAUGCAUUCUUAAAAGAGAUUUUUAUAUGAAGUGAAUAAAUGAAAGCAUGACCCUG